GUUAAGGAUAGACACGGAUUCCACGCGGAGGAAGUCGGGCGCCGCGGGUCGCGUCGUCGGCCAGUCCGUCGGUCGCCUUCCUGGUCAUGUUCGGUUUCUAUUUGUUGGACGUUCACGUGACGUCACUCAGAUUGAACAAGGAGGUGUACAUGGACACCGGCGGGGCGAAGUUGUCGGUCGCCGUGGUCUUCGUCGACUUCCCGGCGACGGAAGUGCGCGAGCGGGAGCGCCGGUUUGUCGAGGAAGAAGGCAUUUACGUGUACAAGUUCCGGGCCGGCCAGUCGUAUCACUUCUCGAUGGGCUGCGGCAAGCUGAUGAACAAGAUGAAGAGGGUCAAGCUGAAGAUCGGCAUUUUCAAGCCCGACGAACGGUUCCCCGUCUGUUAUGUGCACACUUACCUCAGCGGAUGCGCCUGCGACAUGGGGUCGGCGGACGUGGAGCGGCCAGUGCCUUUCGUAUUCCGAGGGCCGUUCGAGUUGGUGGAUCCAGGCCGGAGUUUCGCAGGAUCGAUAGAUCUCGAAAUCACUUUGACCAAUCUGGGAAAGAGCCUAGUCAGCUGGUACGCGUUGGCACCCGACUGUUUCAUCUUCAAGAACGACUCCACGAGCCAGAGCGAUGAGUAUAAAUGUUACGCACGAGGCAAGGAAGCGUCGGGGUCGUUGAUCGUCGACGACGAUCCGUCGGUGGUUCAACGAAACCGUGUAAAGAAUGAAUUGUUGGAGUCCUCUUCGCCGGGCAACUUGAUGGCGACCAUUGCUGGAAUAUCGCCUACCGGAGAUCGACUAGCUCUCGGUAGUCCGCCGCCUAGACUGGCCAGGCCGCCUCUGGUCGAUCCAACGCAGUUAAUGAGACGGAGACGAAAAAAGGGCGGAAAGAAGGGCAGAAAGAAGAAAUGAUAUCCCGCAAAGCAUAAAAGUGAAACAGAACCAUCCUCGAACACGUUUGACCGAAACAAAUCCCUCGGAUGCUCCUUUAGGAGCCGUUUAAUCUCGUAGAAAUCAUUGAAAAUAGCCUCGCUUGUACGUCCCUGGUCUUCCUCAGAAUUUCUAAUCUAUUGCAACCUGUAAAAUGAAAUUCAUUACCUUUUA